AUGGCAGAUUCUGAGACAACUGGAAGACUUUCCGUUGGAAUCAUCGGUGCUGGCAUUGCGGGAUGUUGCCUGACGAUAGGCUUACUUCGCAACCCGAAACUUAAUGUGCGACUUUACGAAGCUUAUCCCGAUGUACGAGUGCGCGGCUCAGGGCUUGCUCUACACGGGAAUGCGAUACGGGCCAUGGACUGCAUCUCUCCAGAUAUCAAGAAGGCUUAUUUCAAAAAAUCCCACUUCAUGGCAAACGAAGAAGAUAUCGAAAUGGCGACACAAUUCAUACUUGCCAGUGGGGAACAUUCAGGAACCCUCGUAGCUGAGUUGGGCAGAGCCAAGGGCCGGCGCACCGUCCAUCGCGCCCACUUUAUUCAGGGACUUCUGGAGGAGGCGAUACCCCGAGACCGGGUGCACUUUGGCAAACGAAUCUGCAGUAUUGAAGAAGGCUAA